GGUAGGAGAAGUUACGACGUCGUAUCAUUGGUCUUCCAUCGGUCUCUUCACCGGCUUAAACCCUAAACCCUGUGGAGUGAAGAAAAGAGGUGAGAAAAAACCAGCCGAACAAAUGCUGAUUGCUCGAAAGCUUUCUGCUUUGAAGCUCAAACCCAUUCUCUCCCUGCGUUUCGUUUCCCCUUUGCAGCGCUCGCAGUUAUUUUCUUCACCUUCCUGCUCAAACCCACGAAUCCUUUGCCCACUUCCUUCCGCUACUCCACUUCCUCUUUCGCCUUCUUCCUCCUCCCAGCCUUUCUCCUCCAAACCCACACCUCCAGAAUCUCCGCUUCUCACCCGUGAUGGGAACUACUCCGAAGCCACUUCCCGAUUCUCCCUCGUCUGCCCUGGCUGUGGAGUUCACAUGCAAGACACCAAUCGCAAGCAUCCAGGCUUCUUCGUCAAGCCCUCAAGGAAAGAUUCCAAUUAUCGCCUUCUUACGCAUCUUGUGCCCGUCGACGAUGAAUCUGAAUGCUCCGAUCUCCUCAAAAGAGGCCUCGUAAUGGAGCCUGAACAUCAGAAAAGUGAAGAGAAUGUGAACGAGAAAGCCCAGAAGCCGACUGUGUGUUCGCGGUGUCACUCAUUGAGGCAUUAUGGGAAGGUAAAGGAUCCUGCACUGGAGAAUUUGCUGCCGGAUUUUGAUUUCGAUCAUACUAUCGGUAGGAGACUGGUGUCCACGACGGGAACCCGGUCUGUUGUGCUGUUGGUCGUUGAUGCUGCAGAUUUUGAUGGGUCAUUCCCAAAGAAGGUCGCGAACUUGGUCUCGGCGACUAUUGAAGACAAUUCAACUGUCUGGAAACAGGGGAAAUCGGGUAAUGUGCCUAGAGUGGUGCUGGUGGUGACAAAAAUAGAUCUGCUGCCUAGCUCUGUAUCACCAACGAGGUUUGAGCAUUGGGUGAGGCAGAGAGCGAGGGAGGGUGGUAUCAACAAGAUAACAAGUCUGCACAUGGUGAGCGCGGUUAGAGAUUGGGGGCUGAAAAGUUUGGUGGAGGAUGUAAUUGACUUGGUUGGGCCGAGGGGAAAUGUGUGGGCAGUUGGAGCACAAAAUGCUGGGAAAAGCACGCUGAUUAAUUCAAUAGGAAAGCACGUUGGUGGGAAGAUCACGCAAUUGACUGAAGCACCAGUUCCUGGUACAACUUUGGGGAUAAUCAGAGUGGAGGGUAUGUUUCCGGGUCAAGCCAAAUUGUUCGAUACGCCUGGCCUUCUCAAUCCCCAUCAAAUUACUACGAGAUUGACAAGGGAAGAGCAGAAACUUGUUCACAUCAGCAAGGAAUUGAAGCCGAGGACUUACAGGAUAAAGGCUGGUCAUACAAUUCAUGUUGCGGGGCUCAUGAGGCUAGAUGUGGAAGAAACAUCUGUGGAUACAAUUUAUGUUACAGUGUGGGCAUCUCCUUAUCUUCCAUUGCACAUGGGGAAAACAGAAAAUGCAAGCAAAAUACUGGAGGACCAUUUUGGCAAUCAGUUGCAGCCACCUAUAGGCAAAGAUCGAGUUGCAGAACUUGGAAAAUGGGUGAGAAGGGAAUUUCAUGUUUGUGGGAGUAGUUGGGAUUCAAGUUGUAUGGAUGCUGCUGCUGCUGGACUGGGUUGGUUCGCCAUUGGUCUUAAAGGAGAGGCAGUCUUAAGCAUAUGGACUUAUGAGGGCAUCGAGGUUGUUCUAAGAAGUUCUGUCAUUCCUGACAGAUCAAACUUCUUUGAAGAUGCUGGAUUUACAGUCUCAAAAGUUGUCUCCAAGGCUGAUCAGGCUGCAAACAAAUCACUUGAUCAAAGUGAAAGGAAGACGAAAAAGGGUGACUCCAAAGUUCAUGUGCUGGCUGAAACGUCAGGGUCGUAAGCUCGCUCGGAAUGUGAUUCUGCUUGAAGUUUGUAGCACUGUACAGAAAGUGGUCCACAUCAGUGUAUAAGCAUGGUGUUUGAUGGAAUUUACACUAAAGAAUUGCAACGCAGGCAUCGUCAAGACUUCUGCCUGGAGACGAGGAUUUUGAAGACUUUCAAUCAGUGAUUAUCUUCUGGGAUCUGUGUGACUUUCUCCUCCCGCAACACAAAUCAAAGGUUGAACGAGGCUGUGAUGCACUGCGUACUCAAAGUAAGUUGCUUCAUCAGAGAAUGAUAAUUAAGUCCACUGCUUCAUUUUCAAGGAAGGCUUCAGCUUCUUUACUCGUUACUCUAAUUGUUGCAGUAAUUAUAACUUGAGGGAUUGUUGCGGUUGAUUCUUUUUGCUAGUGAGGUCGUACUUGUCUGAUCAAUCAUCAAGAUUCUUUCUUUUCUAUCUU